AGGAAAAAAAAAAAAAUGUCCAAACGUUACCGAACACAUUUUUGUUCCACCCCCAGUUUUUGUGAGAAAACCAGGUGACCAACCCAAACCCAACCCCCAACCCGCAACCGUCUCAUUUCCUCGAGUAUUCGGAUUUCGGACACAGCAAAAUGGAAGGGAAUCCCAAUCGAGCCGAAGCCGAGCGAUUACUGGGAAUCGCCGAGAAGCUCCUGCAUAGCCGAGAUCUAACCGGGUCGAGAGACUUCGCCAUCCUCGCCCAGGAGACGGAGCCCCUUCUGGAAGGCUCGGACCAGAUCCUGGCCGUGGCGGACGUGCUCCUCGCGGCGGAGAAGCGCAUAAACAACCACCACGAUUGGUACGCGAUCCUCCAGCUCGAUCGCCGCUCCGACGACCAGGACCUCAUCAAGAAGCAGUAUCGCCGCCUCGCGCUGCUCCUCCAUCCGGAUAAGAACAAGUUCCCCCUCGCGGAUCAGGCCUUCAAGCUCGUCGCCGACGCCUGGGCCGUCUUCAACGACCGCUCCAAGAAGUCCCUCUAUGACAACGAGCUCAGCCUCUUCUCCAAGGUCGAUCUCGCCGCGCAGCAGUCGAAAUUGCCUGUCCGCCGGAACCAGCACCCGAGCGAGAAAAGGGGCCAGCAGAAUAGGGAGAGCCCGGAGGAUCAACGGCUGAGAUUGUCGAGCUUCUGGACGAUGUGCCCCUACUGCUACAACCUCUACGAGUACCCUAGGGUUUACGAGGGCUGUUGCCUGCGGUGCCAGAAUUGCCGGCGGGGCUUCCACGCGGUGCUCAUCCCGUCCUUGCCGCCGCAAGUGCCGGGCCAGGAGGCCUACUAUUGCUGCUGGGGGGUCUUUCCGAUGGGCUUCGCUGUCGGAAAUUCGGCCAAUGUUCCGAAAAGCGCCACCGCGGCUGAAACGGGGUUUCCGAAUUGGAUGCCGCCGUUGUUUCACCAAACGCCGCCGCAAGAGAGUGGUGGGAACGGUGCGGCACCGCCAUUGGCGCGGCCGGAAAACGUUUCGUUUGUGGGAUUCCCCCCGAAGAAGAGAGGAAGGCCCCGGAAGCAUCCAGUGCAAGCCUGAUUGGUUCAUUUGGCAUUUUCUUCUUUGAUGGUAACGAUACAAAAAGCGUCAAUUCGGAGAAAGGUGUGAUUGAGAUUAGCUGUUGGGUCUAAGGGGGAGAUGAAUCCGAUAAUCAUGUUUUGUGAUGAUAAAAGCUGUUUCCUGUUGGACGGUGAGGAUGGAGGGGAGGAGGAGGGUGUUGAUCGUGGGGUUCGGGAAAUUCGUAGGUAUUAUUGUUAUUGCUGUUGUCGUCAUGUACUUGUGUAGAUUUCAGGUGUUUUUUUUACCUUAACUGAUGGGAGUAAAGUGUAAUUUUGUUAGUAUGCAGCAAAUGGGAUUUCAGAAAGUCUUUUUGACAUCACUCAUUUGGGACUCCUCUUAAUUCUGUGUUUAGUUGAAAUGUUCAUUUUCUGAAGCAUUACUUGUGGA